GAGAGCGCAGUGGAGGAGGCGCGGUAGUGAGUCGGUCCCGGGAGCCGGGAGCUCUCGGGCUAGGGGAGCGCGGCGGCGGCGACGGCGGUCCGGCUGAGUCGCAGCUCCGAAGGGAGUAACAAGGGGUCCCGGGUGGGCUCCUUUUCGACCGGUACUUCCGAUUUUUCUUGCCUUUUGGUUCGGGCCGAGUGUCGCCCACUGAGCAGAGAUUCCCCUCGCAAAACCUGAGCGACCUUUCCAUCAAUUGUUGGGCUCGGGAUCGCCGGGAGCCCCGAGCGCGCCGGGCGCGAAGGCAAGGGGAGAGGAGCCAGCCGCAGGCGGGGGCCAAGCGAAGCUUGCCGACCUCCCUCGCUUGCCCCAGCCAGUCCUUUCGCGCAGGGCGCAGGGCGCGCGCGAUGAAGGCGGUGAGCCCGGUGCGCCCUUCGGGCCGCAAGGCGCCGUCGGGCUGCGGCGGCGGGGAGCUGGCGCUGCGCUGUCUGGCCGAACACGGCCACAGCCUGGGAGGCUCGGCCGCCGCGGCCGCCGCGGCGGCGGCAGCGCGCUGCAAGGCGGCUGAGGCGGCGGCCGACGAGCCGGCGCUGUGCCUGCAGUGCGAUAUGAACGACUGCUACAGUCGCCUGCGGAGGCUGGUGCCCACCAUCCCGCCCAACAAGAAAGUCAGCAAAGUGGAGAUCCUGCAGCACGUUAUCGACUACAUCCUGGACCUGCAGCUGGCGCUGGAGACGCACCCGGCUCUGCUGAGACAGCCACCGCCGCCUGCGCCGCCGCACCACCCGGCCGGAUCUUGUCCGGCCGCGCCGCCGCGGACCCCGCUCACUGCGCUCAAUACCGACCCGGCCGGAUCGGUGAACAAGCAGGGCGACAGCAUUCUGUGCCGCUGAGCCGCGCUGUCCAGGUGUGCGGCCGCCUGAGCCCGAGCCAGGAGCUCUAGAGAGGGAGGGGGAAGAGCAGAAGUUAGAGCAAAGCCACGGAGGAAAGGAAAACACAUCAGCAAAUGUAGAAACGUUUCACUCGUCAUUCCAAGAGAGGGACAGGAAAGAAAAUAAAACUUCAUUUUUUUUUUUUUGCACGUCCAUAAACAUUCUACAUACCUAUUCUCUUUUGUCUCUUCAUUUAUAACCGCUGUGAAUUGUACAUUUCUGUGGUUUUUGGAGGUGCAGUUAAACUCUUAAGUGUGACAGGACUGAUAAAUAGAUGAUCCAGAGUAAAUCCGACUUUAGAAGGCUACUUUGUGACCAAGGAGCUCAAUUUUUGUUUUGAAGCUUUACUAAUAUACCGCAGAGCAUUGUAGAUAUUUUUUUUUACAUCUAUUGUUUAAAAUAGAUGAUUAUAACGGGGCAGGGAACUUUCUUUUCUCUGCAAGAAUGUUACAUAUUGUAUAGAUAACUGAGUGACAUUUCAUACCAUGUAUAUAUAGAGAUGUUCUAUAAGUGUGAGAAAGUAUAUGCUUUAAUAGACUACUGUAAUUAUAAGAUAUUUUUAAUUAAAUAUUUUUUGUAAAUAUUAUGUGUGUGUUUUUUUUAAUCUGUGGGAAUAUUUCUUUUGGAAAAUGAUUUUUCAGCUCAGUUGCAGAGCUCUUGAUAUCUUGAAUGUCUUUUCUGUUUGGCCUGGCUUUUAAUUGUUUUUUGUUUUGCCCAGUAUGGAAGACUCUGAAGUAGCAGUUAUAGGUAGUGGUCUCGCAUGACUGCAUGAGAUGUUUAAUCACAAAAUAAACAUGUUCUGAGUCCAUUAAAAUGUGUUUUCUUUAACCUACAUUGAAAUCUUUGUAUUUGAAGUGUACAUGUUGAAAAUAUACCUUAUCAACUUUUAAGUACAGGGUUUUAUAGUGUAAUAUAUAAAGAGUAAGUGUUUGUUUUUGUUUUUGUUUUUUUUAAACUGAGGUCAAAAUGGAUUCUGAAUGAUUCUACAUAUAGGAUGGGAAAUGCUUGGAUCCUUAAGGAGUUUACAAAAUCUGUUUUAUCAAAGAGAAAAAAAUUGCUUGUCACUCUUCAUUUUACACUAAAGCAUAAUGUCAUGAAGUUUCAUAUCUGUACAGAUUAUUUAACUCAGAAAUGAAAAAUGUUCUCUGCUUGCUACCAAAGGACACACUCUUGGAAAUGAUCAUUUUCUUCCUUCCUCCAAAGAAUAUUAACAGUGGGAGAGAAAAAAUAAAAGGCAUAAUGGCAAAUCCUUCAAGCAGGGAUAAAAGUCGAUCUUCAAACAUUAACUUAAGUAGACCAAAAAUUCUGAUGACCGCAUCUAGAUUAUUUUUUUAUAAAAAUGAUUUUCACUAUAGCUAUGUCAGUUACCGCAAAGCUACUGUCCAAUCUCUUGUGAUGUGUAACUUUUACAUGUGAAAAUUAAAGUAGAUUUAUCCGUCUUGUA